AUGAGAGGCUUCAACUGCACUGGUUGUGUGUGUUUUCAGAUUCUUCAUGCCAACAUCGUUGUGUACAGCUACCACUACCUGCUGGCCCCACAGUUCUUAAAAGACAUCUUCGACAAAGUCUGCAUUGACAGAAAACCUCUCAGGUUCUGUGCGGAGAGGCUGCAGUCGCUGCUGCGAACUCUGGAGAUCGCAGACAUCGCAGACUUUUCGGCCGUUACGCUCAUCUCUAACUUUGCGACUCUGGUCAGCACCUACAGCCAAGGUUUUACCAUCAUCAUCGAACCUUUUGAGGACAGAACUCCAACCAUCGCCAACCCUGUGCUGCAUUUUAGCUGCAUGGACCCGUCUAUCGCCAUCAAACCUGUUUUUCAGAGGUUCCAGUCCGUCGUCAUCACCUCAGGGACUCUCUCUCCGUUGGACAUCUACCCUCGCAUCCUCGACUUUCGACCCGUCACCAUGGCGUCCUUCACUAUGACGCUCGCACGAACCUGCCUCUGUCCUCUGAUUGUCGGCCGAGGAAACGACCAGGUGGCUCUGAGCUCAAAGUUCGAGACGAGAGAGGAUUUCGCCGUGAUCCGUAAUUAUGGCAACCUCCUCCUGGAGAUGUCGGCGGUGGUUCCAGACGGGAUCGUCGCGUUCUUCACCAGCUACGUCUACAUGGAGAACAUCGUGGCGUCUUGGUACGAACAGGGGAUCCUGGAGAACAUCCAGAAAAACAAGCUGAUCUUCAUCGAGACGCAGGACGCGGCGGAAACCAGCAUGGCUCUGGAAAAGUACCAGGAGGCGUGUGAGAACGGCCGAGGAGCCAUCCUCCUCUCUGUGGCCCGGGGGAAGGUCUCUGAAGGAAUAGACUUCGUUCACCAUUUUGGCAGAGCGGUCAUCAUGUUUGGAGUCCCGUAUGUUUACACUCAGAGCCGCAUCCUGAAGGCUCGGCUGGAGUAUCUGCGGGAUCAGUUUCAGAUCAGAGAGAACGACUUCCUGACGUUUGACGCCAUGCGACACGCCACUCAGUGCGUCGGCAGAGCCAUCAGAGGCAAGACGGACUACGGCCUCAUGGUCUUUGCUGACAAGAGAUACGCUCGAUCAGACAAACGUGGGAAACUUCCUCGUUGGAUUCAGGAGCACAUCAACGACGGCAGCCUGAACCUCACGGUGGACGAAGCCGUCCAGCUGUCCAAGCACUUCCUGCGUCAGAUGGCUCAGCCGUUCAGACAGGAGGACCAGCUUGGUCUGUCUCUGCUGACUCUGGAGCAGCUGCAGUCGGAGGAAAUGCUGCAGAAAAUCUCUCAGAUGGCUCAUCAGACCUAAAACCCAUAAUCCGGCGGAUUAUGUCAUCACCAUGGCAACGCCAGAUUUCAAACAAACGGAGGAAAACUUUAUUCCUGCACCAGCCUUCCCACAAACACUUAAAAACUGUUCAUCAGCG